UUAUGCCGAUUUUCCGCAUCGGAAUGUUCCGAGUUCACGCAGUACGAGGCUGGAAGUGAGUAGAAAUAUUUCAGCAGACGACAUCAGAAGACUGGCAACCGGACCAAAUAGCGCAAACGAGGUCAAACCAGUUCAGAAGUUGGCAAAACCUUCGCGGUCAAGCCUCAAAGCAUCGUCGAUCUCGUCAAACCCGCGCGGCAACCGAGCCAUGCCGAUACGAUUCGAGCGAGUUAUGUCAGAUUGCGGCGGCGAUGAGUGUUCACCAGAAUCUGGCUGCCAUUCUGGCCAAUCGCCGGUUCUGCCCGAGGCUCGAGUCCCGCCAAGCGGAGAGGAACCGCGAAGACGACGUGAUUGGCCAGGCGGACGGGCAGACACGAAACAACCGGCAGGUCAACAGCUCCGGCAACUCCGCGUCGCAGGCCGCUGUCGAGGCGACGUCGAGCCUCCCGAUUGCUCAUGCCAGCCCGGUCCCUCCUCCCCUCCAGCCUCGGGCCAAUCCGUCAGUCCCGUUGGCUACGUGCCUGCUCGCCCACUCAGAGCAGACGAGUCGGCGUUUUUUGUGUCUCCCGCCGCGUCGGUUUCAAGUGCCCGUCAAGUCUGCACAACCGGCUCCACUUCGUCCACCUUCACUUUGCCCCUCUUCACUUCGACCGCCCUCUCAGCCGGUCAGCGGCUUCUCUACCAGCCACCGGUUCGCUUGACGUCGUCGCGACCGGCCGGUGGCAAUGACUCGUCUCCCCCCUCUUCCAUUCGCUCGCCGAGCAGGAGGGGGACCGACUUGUUAAAGGGACAA